UAUAUUUUCCACCUUGAUAUAUUAUUGUGCCACAUAAACCAAUUAAGUUGAAAUUUUCAAAAAAAAAAAAAAAUCAUUUUGAAGAUGUUGGGACUUCUUAAAAUUAGGGUGCAGAGAGGCAUCAAUCUGCCACUCAAGGAUACAUUUCAUAGUGAUCCUUAUGUUGUUGUUACCAUGGGUGAACAGAAAGUGAAGACUAGUUGCAAGAAGAACAACUGCAACCCUGUCUGGGAUGAUGAAUUGACCCUUGCACUGAAAUAUCCAGAUGUUCCAAUUGUUUUGACUGUGUAUGACAAAGAUACAUUUAGUAAAGAUGACAAAAUAGAGGAAGCAAAGAUAGACAUCAAACCAUAUCUUGAAGCAUUGGAAAUGAGCUAUCAUCAAGACCUUCCAGAUGGUGUCAGAGUUGACAAAGUUGAGCCAGGCAGAGACAACUGCUUAGCUAAGCAAAGUUUUAUUAUAUGGGAAAAUGGCAAAUUGAUCCAAGACAUGACCCUUAUGCUACAAAAUGUGGAGUGUGGUGAAGUACAAGUCCAAAUUGAGGUGAUUCCUAAAAUGUUAUCUGAGGAUGCAUUUUUUGCAUAAACAAUAAUUGCUUAGUAGAUUUAUUAUUAUAUAUGUAAGUGUUGGAAUGAGCCUUGUAUUAGGUCAUUUUCUAAACUAUAAAUGUGCAAAGUCUAGUUGGAAUUUGCCAUAGGCUUUAUGUAAUAUACAGGGCCAGGGCCAUAUUAUUUUUGUUGUAAUAAAAUUACUGUGUUGAAUGA